AUGACAAAGUUGAAAAAGUUUUUAGCCAAAUGUUUGAGCUUGAUAUCUAUACUUUUACUAGGUUAUUUAUAUAAUGUUGAAUCUCAAAUUUAUGGUUCAGCUAAGGAUGUGCUUGGACAAAUAAACUCGAGGGAAUAUCCAAAUUUCUCGGAUCUUACAAACUACCCCUAUUAUUUGCCAGAAAAGGCAGUUAUUGGCUAUGACUCUCCAUCUUUAAAGGAAAAUAUAUACAAAGUGGAGGAGUAUAAUAAGAGAGACAUAGAUGCUAGUUAUUAUAAAGAGUUCCAAAGGCAGAAAGAAGAGUUUAGCGAAAUAGAAAAGAAAAGAAGAAGAAAUCAAGAAGCUUAUAAAGGAUUUAUUAAACCACCAAAACAAAACCACAAAUCCAGGAAAGAUAAUGUAAACAAAAUGAUUGUCAAGAAGAUGCUUGAGGACGAAAGGAUGUAUUCUAAUAGUACAAGAGUUGACAUUAAUCACGAAUGUAUGUUUAUUAUAAGUUAUUUUAUUGUUCAAAAUAUUAUUAAAAAUGAAAAUUUAGUGAUUAGAAAAAUUGAGUCACCCAUUGAAGCAGAAAAAAUGGGAAUAUACCCAGUUAUAGAUGAAUUAGACUAUGUUGAUAGAAAAGUUUAUAAAUACCACCUAAGAAACAAUAAUGGCAAAAGAAUUCAUUACAAAACUUCAGAUGCAAACCACUUGGCAUACUUUUAUGAUGUGAAUGCUAAUUGUUAUUGGUUUAGGUCCAGUAUAGAUCCAGAAUGCCUCACUUAUGAGGAAAUAUACUCAAAAACUAGGGUGGACCCUACAUUGAACGUUGCAUUUGAUAGUUCUUCUUAUCAAAGACUACCACAGGAGUAUGGAAAAGACCAAGAAUGUGUUGCUACAUAUAAAGACCCAAUAACUAGAAGAAGAAUUUGUAUUAGAGAAGGCAAUAAAUUUGUGGUUAUGAUACAAACAAAUCAAGAUUGUUUGAUAUUCACAAUAGUGGGAAGAAAUGAUUCCCCUCUGUAUGAGGUAGAUUUGUCGAACAAUACUGGGAAAAUAGGGUCCAACGGCUGUGCUGAUGAGUUAUUACUCCAUGCUUCAUUGGACGCAUUGGACGAAAAUACUUGGAGGAAUUCAGCAUUGUAUAUGAGAACAAUUUAUAAGCUAGGCGAUACUCAAAUUUCUGCAUUUGUAACACCAGGACACGCAAAGUUUUUACUCUUACAUCACGGUAAGAGCAGUGAGAAUAUAAGACAGUUCUUUAAUGAAGUUAGGGAUUUGUAUGUAAAAAUUUUAAUGAAUCCCUUCCAGGAGGCGAAUCAGCCAAUUCUAACACCUUCCUUCGAUGUGAGAGUUAGACAAGCAGCAAGAAGGUUGCUUUUACAAUAA